AUGGGUAGCUCACAGUCAUCUCAUUCUGAUCCCAAUAUGGGUGAUAUCGUCAUAGUCGGAGCUGGUGCGAGUGGCAUUUCAGUUCUGCUGCAUUUGAUUGAGAAAGUCAAGAAUGGGAAAAGCUUGCCGCCUAUCACUGUGAUUGAGAAGGAUACGCGUUUUGGUCCUGGGUUAGCAUAUUCUUCUCUUUGCUCGGGCACUAUCAUCAACAUGCACACCGACACAAUGGGGUUAUACUUUGAUGACCCCAAGCACUUCUCGCGUUGGAGGAGCGAGCUGGAGAAUGGGCCAUUUCCAUCCCGAGACAUCUAUGGAGAAUACCUCGAAGACAUGUCACACCGAGCACUCAAUGCGGCCCAGCAGCUAGGGAUGAGCGUUUCUUUCGUUCACGAUGAAGUGACCGAUAUUGAGCGCCAGAACGAUCAGUCAUUUGUCUUGACUUUAAGUAGCGGUGGGCAAUGUCUUGCAGGUCAGGUCGUGAUGGCACCAGGCAAUUUCACCUCUACCACAUAUACACAUCUCAUGAAUCAACCACAAUUUCUCGCGAGUCCAUGGCCCACGGAAAGCCUGAAGAGCAUCCCUGCCGAUGCUCCGGUUUUGGUCAUUGGAUCCCGCCUGUCGGCUGUUGACACCGCUAUAGCCCUUGCUCAAAAUGGCCACCAAGGCCCAAUCACAUUCAUGUCACGCAGUGGGCGAGUGCCUACAGUCCAAGGGGACCCUGAGCCUUUUCCCCGCCGAUAUGCUCUUCACAUCCUUGCACGAGAGAUCGAAGCAAAUCCAAGUGACGCUCUAAUCAAGUUCAUGACAUGCUUGAUGGAUGAGAUUGAUUACAUCAACAAUGGCGAUUGGAGCUGGUUCCAGAAACAUGCCUCCCCACUUCAAGAACUGCAAGCUGACAUGAAGGCCGCACGGGAUGGCAGCGCUCACUGGCAGACCGUUCUUCGCCACACCGCACCUGUCAUCGAGAGAUAUUGGAGCUGUUUACCAGUGGCAAGUCAGAAAUUAUUCUUGGAUAAAUUCUUUAGUCCUUGGAUGAGAUAUCGCCACGGGAUGCCCAUACAAAACGCCCAAAAGAUCUUGGACCUGAUGGAAAAGUCCCAGCUAAACGUCGUCGCUGGUGAAAGGGUCGAUUGGGACCCUAAAAAGAAGGUUUUCGUCGCGACCACUUCAUCAGGACUGAUUGAAGCACCAUAUGUCGUCGAGGCUACAGGUCAGGAAUGUCACCUCGACCGGAUUUCAUCCCCAUUGAUUCGGUCGCUUGUUACCAAAGGCCUCUUCAAGCCUCAUCCAACAGGCGGAGUGGAUGUCAAUUUUGACACUUUCGAAGCAGCACCCGGAUUGUAUAUUAUGGGAACGCUAACGCGAGGCACACACUUCUAUGUGAGCGCCAUUGAUCGUGUUGCGGCGCAUGCUGCGCGAAUUGCAGAUGCGUUGACCCAAGAUCCUCGGGCAAAAUCUUUGCAUGUGGCUAUUCUCCUGGGGUCCGACUUUUUAUCCCACAUAAUAGCCAGUGGCCUCAUUCCGAAGCUUUUGUCUCAAGGGCACAUGCCUUUUAUUUUCAUUUGUCCGGAAGAACAAGGGUCAACGACCCUCAGGGGUUCGUCGCUCGCCCGGCGAGAAUCGCAUUUCUUCGAAGUUGAGCUCAUGCGAGAUCAUUUUCAACCCUUCCUGCAGGCCCAAAAUCUCAAGGACAGGAGAUGUAUGACUAUUGAGCAGAUGAAGUCCACGUAUGGACUGUUCGUGCAGGACAUAUCUUCAGUAGAUGAUAAAACGUUUUUGAACACGCUCAAGCAUCAUUUCAUCGACGUGGGACUUUCGCUGAGGGGCAGUGACCGCGCUCGAAAGAUUGCUGGCAGUCAUUUUUCUUCGGAGUCUGGAUAUCUUCUCAAUCUGAAGCCCACAUUCCGGCGGGCGUCUAACGGCAGGGCCUCCAGAAAAACACCCAUCUGCUAUCAGAUUACCGUUGUGAGUGAGGCAGAAGAUCUGAGUGAAUUGAGUGAGACUCACUACAAGAGCAUCGACUUGCUCCAAGAUUCGGACGACAGCAAAGAUCAUGCUUUUGAUCAAGUUGUGCAGGGGGUGCUACAGGUUAUCGAGUCGCUGAGUCGUGGGAAAGGGUUGCCUACAACUGAGUCGACGCGAAAGCAUUUCACCGGAAAGCAUUCUAGGGGGCUUUCCCACGAUGAGGCCUCAGUCUGGAGUCAGGACUUUGUUGUCAGCACCUUGGUAGACUCAUUCGCAUCACCUGGAAAGAAGCAAGAACUGAGCGCGUACCUGGACGAGGUUGUUCGUACUUGGUAUGCAGAACAGGCUAAUGCAGAGAAAAGGAAUUGA